AUGACUUCUACACCUGAGGCUAUUCUUGCGCAGCUACAAGCAGCCGGUGCCGCUUAUUCUGAGAAGAAACCCGGUGCGCGCGAGCAACUUUUGAAUCUCGGCUAUGCCCUAGUAUCGAGCGUAGAACUCCCCAGUGAAGCGAUUCAGCGGAUGGGCUGGGCCGAGCCUGCUAAAGCAGCUCAUUGCCGACUCGCCGUCGAACUGAAACUCUUUGAGCUUUUAAAGGGUAGUGGUGAACAAGGCAUCACCGCUAAAGACUUAGCUGUAAAAUCAGGGGCUGAUGAAGUUUUAAUUGCGCGAACUCUGAAGCACCUUGCUGCUACGAACGUCGUCGCCGAGAGUGGCACUGAUAAGUACAUCGCGACACGUUUAAGCAAUGCUUUUACCGAGCCCAAAUACAGGGAUGGUAUCAUAUACACAUACGAUGUAGCUGGUCCGUCGUUUCGUGGCUUGCCUGAGUACCUCAAGAGCAUCAAGUAUACACUCCCAACGAAGCUGACUGACGGCCCAUUCCAAGCCGCCCAUAACACCCAGCUUCCUUUCUUUGCUUGGCUGGACCAGAACCCACCUUAUCUGGAAAAGUUCAACAGCUACAUGUCGGCAUAUCGGGCAGGAAAGCCUUCAUGGGUCGAUCCUGGUUUCUACCCGAUAUCUGAGCGUCUGGUAGAUGGGUUUGAUGCUGGUUCUAGUGGUGAUGGUGUUAUCCUUGUUGAUGUAGGUGGGGGCUUAGGACAUGAUCUACGAGAGCUCAAGGAGAAGCACCCCUCACUUCCUGGUAAACUCAUACUGCAAGACCGGCCCGAAGUCAUCUCGACGGUCUCAGAGAACGGAUUCCAAGCUGUCGCACAUGACUUUUUCACAUCCCAGCCAGUAAAGGAUGCUCGCGCGUACUACCUUCACUCCGUGCUGCACGAUUGGGGUGACGAUGACUGCGUCAAGAUCCUGGAGCAGAUAAAACCGGCGAUGAAGCCAGGUUACUCGAGACUUCUUAUUAAUGAGAUUAUCGUUCCGGAUCGAAAUCCUACUUGGCCUGUUACGUCUAUGGAUCAGCUAGUGUUCGUCCUAGGCGCGAUAGGGGAGCGAACGGAGAAGCAUUGGGAAAACAUACUAGAGCGGGCUGGCUUCAAAAUCGCGCGGAUUUACAAUUAUGAGAUGGGAUCAGAGAGUCUCAUUGAAGCUGAGCUAUCGGAGGUUAAUUGA